GGUCACAAUCGAGCGCUGGGCAUAUAUGUAUUUGUUGUAAACAAAAAGAGCGCGAUUUUGUGCAAAAAUCGUUGUCUACAAUAAUAAAAUGCACAUCAAGCAGAUUAUUAUACAAGGCUUUAAAAGUUACAAGGACCAGACGGUGGUGGAACCAUUCGACAAGCGUCACAACGUUGUGGUCGGACGCAAUGGCUCCGGCAAGAGUAACUUCUUCUAUGCCAUUCAGUUUGUUUUAAGCGAUGAAUUCACACAUUUGCGGCCCGAGCAGCGGCAGUCGCUGCUCCACGAAGGCACUGGCGCGCGCGUCAUCUCCGCCUAUGUGGAGAUUAUCUUUGACAACACGGACAACCGAGUGCCGAUUGACAAGGAGGAGAUUUUCUUGCGGCGCGUGAUUGGGGCCAAGAAGGAUCAGUAUUUCCUCAACAAGAAGGUGGUGCCGCGCAAUGAGGUGGUCAAUCUGCUGGAAUCGGCUGGCUUCUCCAGCUCCAAUCCGUACUACAUUGUGAAGCAGGGCAAGAUCAAUCAAAUGGCCACAGCGGCCGACUCCUAUCGCCUGAAGCUGCUGCGCGAGGUGGCCGGCACGCGUGUGUACGAUGAGCGCAAGGAGGAGUCGCUGAAUCUGCUGCGGGAGACGGACAGCAAGCUGGAGAAGAUCUCGGAGUAUCUGAAGACCAUCGAGGAUCGCCUGCAGACGCUCGAGGAGGAGAAGGAAGAGCUGAAGGAGUACCAGAAGUGGGACAAGACGCGGCGCACCCUCGAGUACAUACGCUACGAGACGGAGCUAAAGGACACCCGCAAGGCACUCAGCGAGCUGCUCACGCAGCGCAAAUCCUCCUCGGACAAGAAGAAAACCUACAACAUUGAGAUCCAGAAGGCGCAGGAGAAGAUCAAGGAUGUGCAGAAGAACCUGAAGGAGGCCAAGAAGAAGGUGCAGAGCACCAAGGAGGAGCGCUCCGUCCUGAUGACCGAGCAGCAGCAGCUGCUGCGCGAGAAGACCAAACUGGAUCUGACCAUCGUGGACCUGAACGACGAGGUGCAGGGCGACAACAAGUCCAAGGAGCGGGCCGACCAGGAGCUCAAGAACCUCAAGGUGACGAUAGCCGAGCGCGAGAAGGAGCUGGACGACGUGAAGCCCAAGUACGAGGCGAUGAAGCGCAAGGAGGAGGACUGCUCGCGCGAGCUGCAGCUGAAGGAGCAGAAGCGCAAGGAGCUGUACGCCAAGCAGGGCCGCGGGUCGCAGUUCUCGUCGCGCGAGGACCGCGACAAGUGGAUCCACAACGAGCUCAAGUCGAUCAGCAAGCAGACCAAGGACAAGAUCAAUCACCACUCCAAGCUGGUCGAGGAUCUGCGCAAGGACGCCACCUCCGAGAAGGAUCUGGGCCAGAAGAUCGAGGAGCACUCCUCGGAGCUGGAGCAGCUGCGCCUCCAGAUCGAUGAGCACAACAAAAAGUACUACGAACUGAAGAAGACCAAGGACCAGCACCAGUCCAUGCGCAACGAGCUGUGGCGCAAGGAGACCCAAAUGACGCAGCAGCUGCAGACGCAGAAGGAGGAGCUGUCGCGCGCCGAUCAGGCACUGCGCAGCAUGGCCGGCAAACCCAUCCUCAAUGGCUGCGACUCGGUGCGCAAGGUGCUCGACAGCUUUGUGGAGCGCGGCGGGCAGUCGGCGGAGAUUGCGCGCGCCUACUACGGGCCCGUCAUAGAGAACUUCAGCUGCGACAAGACCAUCUACACGGCCGUGGAGGUGACCGCCGCCAAUCGGCUGUUCCAUCACAUUGUCGAGUCGGAGUACGAGGGCACGCAGAUCCUCAAGGAGAUGAACAAGCUGAAGCUGCCCGGCGAGGUGACGUUCAUGCCCCUCAAUCGGCUGCAGGUGAAGAUCCACGACUAUCCGGACGACCCGGACUCCAUACCGAUGAUAUCGAAGCUCAAGUAUGACGAGCAGCACGACAAGGCGCUGCGCUAUAUCUUCGGCAAGACGCUGAUCUGCCGCAACCUGGAGCGCGCCACCGAGCUGGCCAAGAGCACGGGCCUCGACUGUGUCACCCUCGACGGGGACCAGGUCUCCUCGAAGGGCUCCCUCACCGGCGGCUACUUCAACACGUCGCGCUCCCGCCUGGAGAUGCAGAAGAAGCGCACGGAAUACUCGCAGCAGAUCGCCGAGUUCGAGAAGAAGCUGAGCAAGCUGCGCAACGAGCUGAAGUCCACGGAGAACAACAUCAACUCGAUCGUGUCGGAGAUGCAGAAGACGGAGACGAAGCAGGGCAAGUCGAAGGACGUGUUCGAGAAGGUGCAGGGCGAGAUCCGGCUGAUGAAGGAGGAGCUGGUGCGCAUCGAGCAGUAUCGGGCGCCCAAGGAGCGCUCGCUGGCGCAGUGCAAGGCCUCGCUGGAGUCGAUGGACAGCACCAAGAUCAGCCUCGAGGCCGAGCUCAAGCAGGAGCUGCAGUCGACGCUCUCCUCGCAGGACCAGCGCGAAAUCGAUCAGCUGAACGACGACAUCCGUCGCCUCAACCAGGAGAACAAGGAGGCCUUCACGCAGCGCAUGCAGUUCGAGGUGCGCAAGAACAAGCUGGACAAUCUGCUGAUCAACAAUCUGUUCCGACGCCGGGACGAGCUGAUUCAGGCGCUGCAGGAGAUCUCUGUGGAGGAUCGCAAGCGCAAGCUGAACAACUGCACCACGGAGCUGGUGUCCGCGGAGAAGCGCAUCAAGAAGGUGAACGCCGACCUGGAGGAGAUCGAGAAGCGCGUGAACGAGGCGGUGCAGAUGCAGAAGGAGCUCCAGCUGGAGCUGGAGACGCACGUGCGCAAGGAGAAGGAGGCCGAGGAGAACAUCAACAAGGACUCGAAGCAGCUGGAGAAGUGGACCACCAAGGAGAACAUGUUCAACCAGAAGAUCGACGAGUGCACCGAGAAGAUAGCCGGCCUGGGCGCCCUGCCCCUGGUGGACGCCGACUACAGUCGCAUCUCGCUGAAGAACAUCUUCAAGGAGCUGGAGAAGGCCAAUCAGCAUCUGAAGAAGUACAAUCACGUGAACAAGAAGGCGCUCGACCAGUUCCUCAGCUUCUCCGAGCAAAAGGAGAAGCUCUACCGCCGCAAGGAGGAGCUGGACGUGGGCGACCAGAAGAUCCACGGCCUCAUCCAGUCGCUGGAGAUGCAGAAGGUGGAGGCCAUCCAGUUCACGUUCCGUCAGGUGGCGCAGAACUUCACGAAGGUCUUCAAGAAGCUGGUGCCCAUGGGCGCCGGCUAUCUGAUACUGAAGACCAAGGACAACGAGGGCGAGGAGAUGGCCAAGGAGGUGGCCAACUCGGAUGCCUUCACGGGCAUCGGCAUACGCGUCUCCUUCACCGGCAUUGAGGCGGAGAUGCGCGAAAUGAAUCAGUUGUCGGGUGGUCAGAAGUCGCUCGUCGCCCUGGCCCUCAUUUUCUCCAUACAAAAGUGCGAUCCAGCUCCGUUUUAUCUAUUCGACGAGAUUGAUCAGGCCUUGGAUGCGAUGCAUCGAAAGGCGGUGGCGGACAUGAUCCAUGAGCUGAGCGACACGGCGCAGUUCAUAACGACCACGUUCCGACCGGAGUUGCUCGAGAAUGCGCACAAGUUCUAUGGCGUGCGGUUCCGCAACAAGGUCAGCCACAUCGACUGUGUGACCCGCGAGCAGGCCAAGGACUUUGUCGAGGAUGACAACACACAUGCCUAGACAGUACACACACACACACACACACACACACUUAUACAUAUAUUAAUUAAUUUCGGAUUAUCAACUGUGUUUUUUUUGUCCAUGUAAUAUUUUUUCGUUUCCUUAAUCUCUUGGAUUUACGUUACGUUGUAAGAGUUGUACUUCAGUUUUCGUACAUUGUGUGUGUCCCCCCCGCCACCACCUUAUCUAUAACCUACACAUACGCAUACGCAUACAGUAACAGACAUAUAUAUAUGUAUACAUAGUUAUAGGCACUCACACACACACACACAGACGCAGACACGGAUAAUGAGAGUAAUCCAGAGCAAAAAUACCCCCAGAAGCAC